AGUAGCAACCUCGCUAGCUUGCGAACCGCGUACGCACGGCGCACACGUGCCCUCGCGCCAGACCCUUUUCCGUUCCCACGCCGCCGCGCCGAACUCCGCGCGAACAUCGCGAUCGCUCUCGGCACUCUGGUGCCGAACCGACCGGUGCGCCCCGCUCGCUUUCGAACUAUUAUGUAAUACGAAAAUAAACACCGCGCCUUUAACACUGAGCACGUGUGCGCGCCGGCUGCUGUACCUCGCCGUCCACAUCCGAUCGCAGACUCAUCGACCUCCUUCACAGUUCACCAUCGUAAUAGACAUCGAUCAAAUUUUUAUUUCAACUAAGUAACUCGAAUCGAUCGAUAAUCUGUGUUUGGUUCCUAAACUAACAGUGGUGAUUGUGUCAGUGGAUUGUUCAAAAUCAGUGCAAAAUGUCUAAUUCUAUGGAGCAACAAUUUGGCGAACUCAGCCUUUCACAGGAGGACCAUGAUCAAAUUUUCGAACAGGAUGACCACCAAGAUCUAAGCCGAUCAAGGAUUCUCAUCAGUGGGCUCCCCCCGCAUGCUCGCUUCGACACCAUCGAGCCCCUGCUCUCACAGUACGGCAACGUGCAACAUUGCGACAAAGCGAACUCGCGCGAUGCCACCACCCAAGCGGUGUACAUCACAUUCGAGAACCCGGAGCAGGCGCAGCAAGCCAUCAACGGCUUGAAUGGAUGCGAGCUGGAAGGGGGCCGAAUGAAGGUGGAGGCUGCAGAUGGGAUGGCACGCGGAGGAAGGCGCGGGCGGCCCGGCGGCGGCAGAGGCGGUGGCGGGGCACCGGGCAGCGGCGCCCGUCCCACUGAUUUCCCGCUGCGUCUGCUGGUCCAAAGCGAUAUGGUUGGCGCCAUCAUCGGCCGCCAGGGCAGCACCAUCCGCCUUAUCACACAGCAGAGCCGUGCGCGCGUCGACGUACAUCGAAAAGACAACGUCGGCUCGCUAGAGAAGGCCAUCACCAUAUACGGCAACCCAGAUAACUGCACCAAUGCCUGUAAAAGAAUAUUAGAAGUGAUGCAACAGGAAGCCAACAACACUAACAAAGGGGAAAUCUGUCUCAAGAUUCUGGCUCAUAAUAACUUAAUUGGUAGAAUCAUUGGCAAAGGUGGCAAUACCAUUAAAAGAAUCAUGCAAGAGACAGAUACGAAGAUCACUGUUUCAUCCAUAAAUGAUAUCAACAGCUUCAAUUUGGAACGUAUUAUCACCGUAAAAGGAUCCAUAGAAAACAUGGCUAAAGCCGAGUCACAAAUUUCGGCCAAGCUGCGUCAGAGCUAUGAAAACGAUUUGCAGGUACUGGCGCCUCAGAGCAUAAUGUUCCCAGGGCUGCACCCAAUGGCCAUGAUGUCGACUGGACGCGGAUUCUGUGGAGCACCGCCACCAUUCCCACCCCCCAUCUAUGCGCCGAUGGCCGGCCAAGGGGGCGCGCAGCAAGGCGCCGGAGACUCGCAGGAGACAACUUACCUAUACAUCCCUAACAACGCGGUCGGGGCUAUCAUCGGCACCAAAGGAUCGCACAUCCGCAACAUCAUUCGAUUCAGCAACGCUUCGGUGAAGAUAGCUCCUCUUGAGCAGGACAAGGUCCUUGAAGGAGGCGUGAACGCAGGUCUAGGCGUGGGCGCAGGCGCCGCCGCCGCUGCUGCCGCCGCCGCAGGGAACGCCGCGGCGCAACAAGAACGCAAGGUUACCAUUGUUGGUAGCCCCGAAGCCCAGUGGAAGGCGCAGUACUUGAUCUACGAGAAGAUGCGGGAGGAAGGUUUCAUGUCUGGAUCUGAUGACGUGCGAUUGACCGUGGAGAUUGUAGUGGCAUCUUCGCAAGUGGGGCGCAUCAUCGGCAAGGGCGGACAGAACGUCCGCGAGUUACAGCGCGUCACCGGCUCACUGAUCAAGCUGCCUGAACAGCCGCAGCCACUCGCAGCCGCUGCCCAUGACCACGAGACCACCGUGCACAUUGUCGGACCGUUCUAUAGCGUUCAGUCUGCACAGAGGCGCAUUCGAGCGAUGGUGGCGCAGGCCAGCGCGCCGGUGCGCCACCGCCGGGCUGCGCAGCAGCAGCCGCCGCCGCCGGCGCAGCAGUAGACGGUACCCACCGUUACCACCACCCGCCGCCACCACUCCGCUGCCACAGCCGCCGCAACGUGCCACGCUACCCGCCCCCGCCCUCUGCUCCGAACCCUAACCUGCCCUGCCCUGCCUAGUCCUGCCCAGUCCCACUCUGCUCUUUCCUCCCCACCCUACCCUGCUCUGCUAUUUCCAACCAGAGCCCGUUUAAAUUAAUGCAAGCAGUAGUACGACGUAGAACUUACUUCUUUUGUUCACUUGACUGAUUUUCGACGAAUCCACACGCUUAAUGUAGAAAAUAGUAGAUGAGCGGACUCUCCAGCGGACAAAGCUAUGGUUUACAUCUAUCUAUGUAAAGGCAACCUUAUCUAAGCUAUACCUUUGCCCCUGUUGUUAUGCUGGAUUGUUAGUUCAUCUAUUCUAGUGGUAUAAGGAGCACACAGUCUUAUUACAGAUUUCAUAUGGCAGUCGAACUGCUGCUUACAUUAUUGUCCGCAGCGCAGCAUCUAGCGCUUUGAUUUGUUAGCAGCCUAAGUUCAAUGUUGUUGUUGACGUAUUAUAUUAACAUAGUGAAUAAUUAAUUGUGAAUUUUAUUCCCGGAUUAAUGUUGAUGAGUAUUUGGAUAUAAAGUAUGUAUUUUAUAUAUUAUUCAUAUACACAAUUUUUUUUUAACGAUAGUACCAGUUAAAGGAAUUAGCCGGAAUAUAUUUAAUUGUUAUAUUGUUUUCAUACCAUGUUAUUAUAAUUCAUUGUAAAGAGUUUUCCCAGAUUGCAAUAGUUGUCAUUAUGUUCUCAUAUACAUUUACACAUGUUAGUAGCAAUAGGUUAGAGUACAGCGCCAUUAUUAUACAAACGAGAUGUAAUACAUAUUUUGUUUUGUUAUAAAGUAAUAGAUUAAUCUGUUAAAGCACUUCAAUGUACUGUUGAUAUUAUUCUGAAGGGUGUGUGUGGGUUGCGAACACCGAUCAAGAAAGGAGAAACACGACAUCGCUUUAAUCACGAGGCUCCAAUGAGAAUAUCGGAUGCUUAGCAACUGCAGUGUAAAGACUAACAGUCUGAUGUAGUUGCUUAGUGUGCGCGAGCCACUGACUGCGGACUGACCGACUUUGGGGCGCGGACUCACAGUCUGUGUGGGUAGUUGCCGCACUCCGGAUUAGAUAUUUUUGAUAUAGUAGUCAUCGUUGGACGGUAUGGACUAAAGGUAUGAGUUUUAAUUUGUAAGUGUCAUUUGUUGAUCGUUUUCUUUGUAAUUUUGUCUUUGUUAGCUUUAUAACUGUUUUCCUGUAUCGAUGCGACUAAGAACGAUCUCCACGUCGAGCCGCACCGGCUAAGUGGGUGCGGUGCGUUGCGGUGCGGUUGUUCGGUUCCACGCAACGAUACGGUUUUAUGCGAGUGUACGAUUUGUGUUAAUUGUGCCAAGUGAGAUAUUUAACUAUGAGAGAAUAAGAUUAAGUGAAUGAUAUCAAAAUUAAUGAGAAGCUUUGAUAUUUAUAUAUAUGAAUGAGAUAAUAAUAUAUGGAAGUUUGGCAAAAAGUGAGAAUAUUUUACAUUAUCUCGACUCGAGAACCUAAUUGUGUCAGCAUGAAACGCUGCCCGAGGUGCAUCAGGUAUUAAUUAUUAGUUCCGCUGGCCCAUUUCAUCAGUCAUACUAGAGCCGAAUCAGUCUUCGCUUGUGCCGAUUUCACCCCUGACACUUCCACAUAGUAAGCAAAAUAUUAUCUCGCUUUUGGCAUUCAAUUUUCACCGAAUGUACCGUUACAUUUACUUCCGUGUGAGAUCAGUUUUCGGCUAAUAAACAUAAAACGUCUUACAGCAGAUGCAGAUCCAUUCCAUGCUAGUUUUGCUCUACCUUUCUGCAUGUCAAUCUUAAUUUGGUUUGUUUCUUAACAGAAGGCCCUGUCAUAUACAAAGGAAAUAACUAUUUGGUGCAACAAAAAAAACGCAUCUAUUUAAUAUUCUACCUAGUAGUCCUUUUUUGGAAGCAUGUUAAAUUAUUAGUAAUUAAUAAUGACUACUGAUGAGUAUUUUAAAUAACGGUUUAUUUAUAAUAUUUUAUAAAUUUUAUUAUUUUGAGAUGAUGAAUUACUAUGAGUAUUGAAUUUACUGUAGCAACUAAAAAUAAGGAUCAACAUUUCAUUUCCAAUAUUUAAAAGAAACAAACCUGCAUGGUAUUCUAAAUAAUAUUGAAAUUUGGUCUUCAUGUUAACAAGCAUGUUACAUACCCUCAUUAUAUUAUGUAUAAACAAGCAUGAUUUUGAUAUCACAGGGCCUUAGUGCAUUUACUUAAUGUAUUUUUUUUUUUACUUUUACAUAUACUAUUUAUAUAAUUGAGUAAUAAAAAGUUGUGAAAAAUUUAGUUUGGAACGAUGAGAUCAUUUUGAAUGGUCGAUGCCAUGCUCUGAUGCAGUUAUUUGACCAACUUACUGAAUCAGUACCAAUAAACUGAUCAAUUACAUAUAUCUAAAUUUACACUUAUAGUAAGUGAUUAACUUAUUUACAGUUGAUUUUAAAAUUAAGUAAAAUUUGAGAAACACAUGCUUACUUUGUAGCAAUUAUUUCACUUAAUAAGGAUCCGGAAUCAGAAUGGAAAUCUAUCAAGAGUUUUGUUUGCAGUAGAAUUGAAAAAUAAAUUAUGAUGAAAUUUUUAAUCCCAUAAGAUUCAUUUAUGAUUAGUAGCAUUUAUUAUUUGACCAAAUUCGAAUCCCAGACCAGAAUCGGAACUUAUAGUUUUUAAAUAGGCUGUUUAAGUUGAUUUUAAAACUAGUUAAGAAAUAAUUUUAAAUAUUAGUUUGACCAAAUAUCAAUCGGAAUCAAUACGAAUAAAUAUUAAAUUUGUUUUCAUUGUAGUGUGAAAAAUGCGAGAACCUGUAGAAAUAUAGUUAGGUAGCUUUUGGCAGAAAUUAAAAAUAUUAUAAUUAAUAUAUUUUUUCGGUAGAACUUGUUAUUCUGGUCAUAUUACCACCCACCUCGUUUUACCGCGCACCCCAUAUCGUUGUAGUGUUGUUGUGUAGGCUGAUAACAAGCGACCGCAAGUAAAAAUUAUUGCGAUUUGCGAGUGCAGUUGGCUAUGAACGGAAUCCUGUCAUGGGAUACAUAUGUAACUGGUUUGUUUAUAUGAUGAGCCAAGGUAAGAAGAAAAAAAAAAGCCUUCGAAUUACCAUUGUUUUCUUUAGCUUUUAACAAGAUUAUUUUCGUGUUUUUUUUUUUGUUUUAGUGUGUUACACGAAAUACAAAUAAUGCAAUCAAUAUCGAAAUUGCCACCAGCUACCUACCUAAUAUUAGAUUGGAGCCAAUGACUGAAGGUCUAAUUUAAAUGUUCCAUUCUCUAUGAUAAUAUCAAAGUAUAAUCCUUCCACGCGCGUACCCGUCGCAUUUGCAGCAUUCCCUAGAUACCUACCUAAUUCAACAGACUUAUUUUGGUAUCAAUUUAACAUUCCUUAGAUAUUUGUACUAACAAUUGCUAUAUCAAAAGCAUUAGUAAUUUUUGUUUUAGUUGGAUUAUUUUUUAGAUCUAUGAAGACUGCUACGGUUGCGCGCGGUGUCUUAGCCGAUGUUAAAGUAUUGCAAUUCAAUCUCAAAAACAAAUUGUUAAACUGUUCUUGGACCUUUUUUUUAUUGAAUAUUUCAACAUGAUUUCACAAUUUGUAAUUUUACGUCAUUUAUGGUAGGUACAUUUUGCUUUUUGGAACUGGCUUAUUAUAUUAUUAAGUCUUAUUAUUUACGUUUGUAAACAGAUGCCCUGUCGUGUAAACGAUUGUUUGUAGUCUAAAUAUAAAUGGUAUUAUAGGUGUUGUACGUUUCUAUGAAAUAUUACUAUCUUUACGCGAUUAGGCUUCUGGUCCUAUUUUAUCAGCCGUUCAGUUACGAUACAGUUUGGCAAUACUUGACCAUGUAAUUUGUAACUGGGCGGCUAAUAAAGUAAUUAUUAUAACGUAGGUAUUAAAUAAAUGUUAACUGUACCUAGGAACGCUUAUUUGCGAAAGUCGAUUAAUGAAAAUAACAUCAAAUCUGUAUAAGAAUAACCCUUUAAGGAGCCAGAUUUUACUUGACGACCUGGCCAGCGAUCUUUUAUUAAUGAGCAUCAUAAGUUUACUUACCACAUAAAUUAGAUACGUGUCUUAGGUUUAGACAUGUACCUGAUUCAGUUAAAAACAGCAAAUGAAAAUGAACGAUAUUCUUAAGGACAAAGUGACGGCCGUGCGUUAACUAUUCGGUGUAUACGGCCGCUUGACCGCGAUAGGAGUAUGAGUGUACAUAUAGGCAUGUCGUUUAUUCCUUCCAUUGUAAGCAACAGUAUCGCAAUGUGAACAGCAUUUCGAUUCCGUAAUGUGUUAGGAAGCAGAAAUUAAUAGUUUUAGUUGAUUAUUGUAUCGUUGUGAAGUAGUGUUAAGUUGAGGUAAACGCGGGCGCGCGGCCCGAGACUGAACUACAUCGCCGCGUCGCCCGGGCUUCGCCAUCUACAUGUCAUUCUCACUGGUAGUAAUGUAUUUUAUCAAUCUUGUUUGAUGGUUCUACUGUUAUACGAUUACGUUAAAAUAUUCAUUUUAAAUGUGUGUAAUGUUUUUGUGAUUUGGCGUUUGAUCGUCUGGAUUAUGGAUUUCCUUAUUCAUGAAUGUAUUAUAAAAAGUAAAAAUAGUGUUGAAAUGUAUGAGCGCGGUCGAGCACACCCGUUAGGCAGCACUCGGCACAGAGCGUCAGAGCGCUCUAGCCGUGACCGUACCAGUAAGUAAGCAGUUCCGGGACACUUGUACUGUUUAUUGUUGCUCAGUUAAGUCCAAUGUACAAUGUAAAAGUUAGUUAUUUUUUUUGUUGCUUCUCACUCGGUUUCAAUGUACAUUUUAGAGCUGUUUUUCAGUGAACUGGACUUAUUUCACCUGUUCCACCUAAAUUUUGUUUGUUUUACUGUUAUUUUAGAACCAUUUAUAAUUGGUAUAAGUUCAGAAACUAAUAACUACCUCAAUAUUACUAAAUGAAUAUGAUAAUUAUCUUUGUGCAUGUUUUGGGAACUGAAUUUAAAAGAUUUCAAAAAUUCAAUAUAGUAUAAGAAUGCUAUUAUAUAAACCAUAAAGGAAUUUGUCAAAUUUAGGUUUCUUAAUGUAAUAAAAAUUGAUGAAUAUU